AUGCAACUAUAUGGGCUCACUUUCACUGAAGGAGGUUAUCCAAAGUCUGUUCUUUUGCGAAAUGUUUCUGUUGAGGCGGACAGUAAAACAUAUAAAAAUGUUGAAAAGAAUACGAUUGAAGCCAUUUACAAAUUUCCACUUCAUGAAGCUGCAGCAGUAUGUGCAUUUGAAGCUGAAAUUGAUGGAAAGAAAAAA